ACGCGCAAGAUGACGUCAAAAUUCCGAAAAAUCGUAAAGUACGUCGGUGACGUCACCACUAUUGAAGGUGGACAGAAGAUUUGACGUAAGGCACAGCCUAUCCAGUUCUCUGUGCCGGACACUAGGGGCAGAUGUUGCCUGGCAACCACAAAAAACAGCCGAAGAAGUCUAAACCGGAAGUAGGCUCCUUGUAACUGGCAGUCCUAUUUGUCGCUUCAAACUUCCCACACCGGUGAAAAUGGCUGAAGUGGAGGAGACACUGAAGAGAAUUCUGAGCCAGAAAGGAGUUCAGGGACUCAUCAUCGUCAACUCUGAUGGGAUCCCCAUCAGGUCGACGCUGGACAACUCGAGCACGGUGCACUACGCCGGCCUCAUCCACCAGCUGGUGAUGAAGGCCAGAAGCACCAUCCGUGACAUCGAUCCCCUCAACGACCUCACCUUUCUGCGCCUGCGCUCCAAGAAGAACGAAAUCAUGAUCGCACCAGACAAGGAGUACUUCAUGAUCGUCAUUCAAAAUCCUUCAGACUGAAGUGGGAGGAAAGACUUUGCUGAAAUUGUCAUUUUGCUGCUGAAAUUGUCAUUUUGCUCAGCAACAUGAACAUAUUUCCCAUGUUUUUGCUUUUUUGUGGUCAUUCCUGGUGUGCUAACAUUGUAAAAUUAACAUGUUGAAUAAAUAAUUAACACAACAGUGA